AUGAAGAUCGCCACCCUCACCGUGCUUGCAGCGGCUGCUAUGGCAGCCGCUCUUCCCUCGCAGAAACGUGAUUCAGGCGAGUGCCUAGAGAUUUCGAAGCGACUUGACCAGUUCAUCCACUCCACCAGCGAUUUAUCGCAAGGCCAGGGCGGAGCAUCCGCGGAUGUGACUCGGAUGAUCCUGCGGGACCUCCAAGAAGCCGCUGCCCGAGUUCAUUCAGAUUGUGCCAAGCUCGCGGAAAUUGAUAGGGAUGCCGCUGAAACAUUGCAAUCGACAGUCGGAGAGUGA